AUGUCGACUUCUGUAAAACACAGGGAUUUUGUUGCAGAACCAAUGGGUGACAAGGAAGUGACAACGGUUGCUGGUAUUGGGCCAGUUUAUGGCAAAAAAUUGGAAGAAAAGGGCUUUGAUAAGGCCUAUAUUUUGUUUGGUCAAUUUUUGUUAUUAAGGAAGGACAAAGAUUUGUUUGUGGAAUGGUUAAAAGAGGAAGUUGGUGCUAGCCAACAUCACGCAACAGCUUGUUUCAACUGUCUAGAUGAAUGGGCAGGGCAACAUAUUUGA